AUGGCGUGUAAACCGCCAAUUUACAACGGGGAGGUCGACCCGAUAAUAUGCCAAAGACGGCUAAGUGACGUCGAAGGAGUGUUUGAAAGGACCCACUGUGACGUGAGUGAUUUUGUUGCUUACGGAACAGGUCAGUUGAGGGGUCAAGCCAAGGAUUUGUGGGACAACAAAAAGAAAGAGAUAGGAGCCGAAGCGGCAAGGGUCAUGACAUGGGACGAGUUUCAGGUGCCAUUCCUUAAACAUCAUAGUCCCAAUGCAGUCAUCAACAGGAUCAAUGAGGAGUUCAUCCAGUUAAGACAAAGGGGUGAAACAAUUGAUAAAAUCACGGGUAUAUUCAUGGAUAAGCUGAGGUUCUGUGACGAGUUAGUGACUACGGAGGAGCAGAAGAUAUAUUAUUAUUAUAAUAUGUUAAGUGCUGAAUACCGGGAGUUUAUGACUCCCUCAAAGUAUGAAACCCUCACGGAAAUCAUUAACACCGCCCAGGAGCGGGAAAUCGAGUUGAAGAAACAGAUUGAAAGGGGUGAACGAAGGGCGCAGGAUGUGAAUCCAAGCCCUACAAAGAAGGCGAUAACAUCAAAAUCGACGCGAAAGACGGAUGUGAAAGGCGGGUCGCCAAGUUGUAAAGUUUGUGGAAAAGGGCACAAGGGCGAGUGUCGUUUCAAAGAUAAACCGUGUCCUAUAUGCGGGAAAACGGGGCACACGGCAUCUCUAUGUCCAGGUAAAGUCUCAGUUUGUUACAAAUGCUAUCAACCCGGUCACAAAAAGUCCGAAUGCCUGGAGCUAGUCGGGAAAAAGAACGGGAAGGACGUUCAAGUGGAGACCCAAAAAGCGAAGGCUAGAUCCUUCCAAUUAACUGCAGCUGAAGCAAAGUCAGAACCCGAUGUGGUUUUAGGAAAGGAAGCCGGAGCGUCUACUGGACAAGCCGGUGGUGACGCGCGUUUGAAGGGUUUGCUUUGA